CGCGGCUCUCAAGUGUCCAAAAGAAGCAAUUCAUGGAAAUUACUCCUCGAAAACACAUUGAAUGACGCGUUUGUCACUCAUUAUCGCAAAACUGGUGCUAAAAAUGAGUCCAAGAACUCAACCAUUUUGGAUGAAGAAGAACUCAAAGACAUUGAAGAUAUGGAAUCAAAACCAUUUAGUUCUCGAAGUCAUAACCUGAAGAAUAAUGAGACGUUUUGCGGACCAAUACUUGAAGAUUACGUACAGUUUGUGGUCGAAUCUGACGCUCAAAAUGACUUGUUUUCUGUGAAAUCAAUCAAAACUUUGUGCCAAAUGGACACAGAAUUGCUUCAAAUGAAAUCAAAUGUCGGAAAAAAGUUAUUUGAAGACAAAUGUGAAAUCAGAAGUUCGGGUCAGUGUUGCAAGAGUUGGUCAUUUCAUAACUACAUAACUCUUUUGGCGCACAAGAAGUCGUGCGACGACAUCGACGAGAGGGACAUCAUAUCUGCCAAACGUCUAUUGAUAUCGUGUGCCCCUUAUUAUCACAAUUUGACGCUCAAUAAUGACUGUUUUCGGGAACCGAUGUUAUGUCCUAAAGCGCCGAAACAUUGUUUUCAGUCGGAGAACGCGGUCUUCAAUAUAAUGCACUAUUUGGUGGACAAAGACUUCUUAAGUCCCAACUCUGCGAACGUAACUCAAAUCAAACUGACAAAUAUUUUUCUACCGAUCGCUAAAAGCACUCAAUUAUUGCAAUAUUUUAAACGAUUGUCCGAAAGUGAUCUCCGAAUGGAUGGCCUAAAAGUGGUUGCAAUGGACUUAGGAUUAAAGCACACACUUUUCGAUGAAUACCUCAUUCACGACACCAUUCUCUUAUUGAUCGCCUUUUUUGUGAUAUUAUUGUCAUUAUUUCUUUACACCACUUCACUCACGGUUACAGUGAUUACUCUCGUAUUAAUUAUCACUUCAUUGGGAAACGCAUACUUUGUUUACACAACAGUCUUCGGGAUCUCUUUCUUUCCAUUUAUGAAUCUGUUAGCCGUUGUCAUCGCUGUCGGCAUCGGUUCCGAUAACGCAUUGAUUUAUUGCAAAGUCUGGCAAAGCAUUAAAUCAGACAAAACGAGUGUUAUAUUAGUUAAACUAAUUGGCGAUACAUUGAGCCACACGUGGGUCUCUGUAUUUGCCGCCAGCUUUACCACUGGUCUGGCAUUUAUUGCCGCUCUAUUUGCCAGUACUUUCGUUGCCGUGAGUUUUGUGUUAACAAUGCUUUUGCUGCCGACGGCUUUGUGGUCGUCUUUGCGCCGAAACUACAACUUCCAGACUCUGAAGAAUUCCAGAUAUGAUUUCGAGUUUAAGAACAAAUUCUGGUUCAAACGCGUGAGGGAUCAGAACAACGACUACUUGUAUUAUAUGCCCAUUAGAGUGGUAUUGGGUGUCGACGCCGAAGACAACGGCGAUUUCCUCAACCCUUCGAGUAGAGGUUCCAUACAAUAUAAGCCAGACUUUGAUAUCUCUGCCAAACGAAGCCAGAAAUGGUUGAUUGAAUUUUGCCGUCAAAUUCGUAACCAAAGCUUUUAUAGGCCAACGAUUGGGCCCUUACUCUCCAACUGUUUCAUCGAGACUUUCAAGUCAUGGAUGGAAGACAGGGAAUGCGUGGACGCUAUCAAUGGUUUAAAUCGAAAUCCCUGUUGUCGUAGCUCUCGUUUCCCAUACAAACCAUCGGUUUUUGACAUGUGUUUGAGACAAUUGAUUGACUUAUUAGGCAAAACACCUGAUUAUUAUCUGUCGCACAGUUGGGCCGGACCUCGAUUUGACAAGAAAUCACUGCAAAUAGUGGCCGCUGUUGUCGAAUACGAUUCCAUUUAUACAUUCUCUCACUCUUUCAUUGAAAUGAAUAAAUUCUGGACAGAAGUGAAUGACUGGGUUUCGGAUCAAAUGAAAAGUGCGCCCAAAGGCCUGCAAAACGGAUGGUUUAUUAGCAGUCAAAUGGAUUUUUAUGCCCUCCAACUCUCACUAUCCGAGGGAACCGUUAAAUCAAUUUUAUUUGCCGUAUUCUUCGCGUUUGUGGCACUCAUUACCACGACUUGCAACUGGAGACUCAGUGUGUUGUCCACCAUUACUAUCUCGUCCAUUAUCUUCUCGACAAUCGCUAUAUUAGUGGCACUCAAUUGGAAACUCAAUGUUUUAGAGAGCAUUAGUAUUUUAUUAGCCAUCGGUUUGGCCAUUGAUUUCACUCUUCACUACACUAUUGCUUAUAAACUGUCGACACAAGUGGAGAACCGAAUGAAUGCAAUUCAUUACGCGUUGUGUCGGAUCGGGAGUCCAGUGGCGAUGUCAGCGCUCACCACUUUCAUCGCCGGACUAUUAAUGCUCUUCUCCUCAAUCCUGGCGUACAUACAAAUCGGCACUUUUCUCGUCGUUCUCUCGUCUAUAAGUUGGUUGUAUUCAACGAACAGAACCUUUGCUUUACUGUUGUCUUGUGUGCAACGGAUCUUCAAAUACUUCUUCAACUCAUCAGAACUCGACUGUAGAGUCGAUUACGAG